UGGGAUGGGUUAAUUUUUUUUCUUCUAAAUCUUGAAAUUUGGUGGAGUUGGUGUUGCCGUUGCCCUAAUCAUUUUCUUUCUCUACCCUCCUUCCGUGGCUCCACCAUUCCUUUUCUUCGUCCCCACCAAAUUCACUCCUCAAUUACACUCAAUUUCGCCUAAAUUGAAUCUUUACGUUUCCUUCACAUUGCCCCGCCAUCUUCGUUCUCUCUUUCUCUUUCAAUUUCCAGUGAGUUAGAGAGACGCCAUAGCCAUAGCCAUAGCCAUAGCCAUGGAAGAUCACAUCCGAAACCCUAAAACAACUUGCGUCGUUAUCGGUGGACAGAGUUUUAUUGGUAAAUGCCUUGUUUCGAGGCUUUUGGAACACGGCAAUUGGAUUGUUCGAAUCGUCGAUACUUCGCCGAGUCUUCAUGUCGAGCAGCAAUCUCUCUUUUUGAAAGCUGUUUCUGAUGGUCGUGCCUGUCAUGCUCAAGUCGAUGUUCGUGUUAAAUCUCAUCUUGUUCAAGUUGUUGACGGUGCGUCUGUCGUUUUUGUUGCUGGGACUUGUGAUGCAUCCCAGUAUAAUCUUUAUGAAAACUACAUGUAUAUUGUUCAAGGUGCCAAAAAUGUCAUAAAUGCUUGUCAGGAGUGUAAAGUCAAACGACUAAUAUACAACAGUUUUGCUGAUGUCAUUUUUGAUGGUUCUCAUCAUAUAAGAAAAGGGGAUGAGUCUAUGCCUUACCCUCCGAAAUGUACAGAUAUGUUAACGGAGAUGAAGGCUCAAGCAGAAGCUCUUGUUUUAUCUUCUAACGAACAUGAUGGUUUAUUGACAUGUGUUCUUCGUCCUAGCAAUGUCUUUGGACCUUCAGAUACAAAUUUUGUGCGUGGCAUGGUGAAUCAAGCAAAUUCUGUUUGGGCAAAGUUUGUUUUAGGCAGUGGUGAUAUUCUGUCCGACUUCACCUAUGUUGAGAAUGUGGCCCAUGCUAAUAUCUGUGCUGCAGAAGCUCUAACUUCUCAAAGUAUAUCUGUUGCAGGAAAGGCAUUUUUUAUCACAAAUCUUGAACCUAGGAACUAUUGGGAGUUUGCAUGUCAGAUAUAUGAAGGCUUGGGUUAUAAAAGGCCAAGUAUUAGAGUUCCUCCAAGGAUUGUCAGUUUCAUGCUUCCACUAGUGAGGUGGAUGCGUUAUGAGUUGCAAUCUGAUUCUGAUGUCAAUGACCUAUUGGUGUCAACUCAGUUUGCAGUUGAAUCAUCACUGUUCAACAGAACUUUCAACUGUAGUGCAGCUACAGAACACAUCAAAUACUCACCUGUUGUUCCUUUGGAAGAAGGUAUAGCGUUGACAGUCAAAUCAUAUUCUCAUUUGGCUAAAAGCUCAUUACCCCGUAAAGAAUAUCAGUUUAGUGAAUUCUCCAAAGCAGAAGCGAUUUUGGGAUAUGGGAAAGUUGCUGAUAUUCUUCUUUGGAGGGAUGAAAUGGAGACCUUUUCAUGUUUUCUUGUUACUUGUGGUUUGUUCUACUGGUUUUUUCUUAGUGGACGGACAUUUAUCUCAUCCAUGGCUGGACUCCUCUUACUGGCGACAUUUUUUCUCCUCGUAAAUAGCAUACUUCCUGUUAACAUCUUCCAGAAGAUGUCUUUGCCUUGUUUUGCUAUCUCGGAGCCGACAGUGAGAAAUAUGCUUGACAAUGUAGCAUUUGUGUGGAAUGAAGGGAUUAAAAUUGCUAAAACAUUGGCUCAAGGAGAGGAUUGGAGCUUAUUCUUAAAGGCAGCAACUCUUCUUUAUUGUCUAAAAUUGAUCUCACAUUCACCUGCAUUGUUGUUUGGAGCAGUGAUGGUGUUUGCAUUCACUUCAUUCUUUAUCUAUGAGCAAUAUGAAAGUGAACUUGAUCGGGUUUUUAGGGUAAUAGUCGUUAUUUUGAAGAGUUUGAUGACAUUGUUGCUAAGAAGCCUUCCUUCCCCCAUUACCUCGUUCUUUUUGGCCAAUGAUGAUGAUUUGGGUGAAAACCAAGUCCAGACUAUUAUGAAGGAAUAGCUGUAGAGAUCUAUAAAUUCAUGUAUAUGACCUACCAUUGGAUCUACUGAUCUUGGACCAUCUGAAGAUAACAAGCAUUGAAAAUCACAAUAACCAUUGAAUUUACGACUCCGUAGUUUCUCUGAGUUCAAAGUUGAUCGAUUUAAGGCACAUGGCUUAGUUUGAGUGUUGUGGCGUCGCCCUGACACUACAAGUACAUUUGCUCUGCGUUCACUGUGGUUCGACAUAAGAAAGUUCUAUGUGCUUGUUCUAAGGAUGAUUUUCGGUGGUACCUACUCUUGCUAAAUUUGGGUAGUACUACAUUACAUUUUUAGUUUGAGUUCACUAUUUGGUGUGUAAUAGAUGUAGUAUAUCUGUGGAUUUUUUUAGCAUUUAAUUAACAUCAGAAUUCAGAACAUUUUUACUUCUGUGGAUUAUUCAGUUGAGCUUGGAGUGACCAGAAAGCUCUCGUUUUGAACACAUCCAUCUUGGUUUUAUAAUUGCAUUUUGUGUUUGGGUUUACUUUACAUACCAUAAACGCAUACUAAACAUACCAUACACACCUCUGAUUGGAAAAUGCUAGUAUUAUUAAAGCGUAAUAAAUAAGAUUCUACCUAAUUAUAUUUUUUAUGCGUUAGAAAUAAUACAUACAACAUUAGUGAAUGGAGCAAAAUCCAUGCACUCAUUGGAACAAAAUAGAUUGGAGAAAGUAUGAAGGAAAAACUUGAAUUACCAAAAAGCUCUUGAUAGUUAGAAGUACCAUAUCUUCACA